AUGCUCGCGCGGGCUGGAAAGGCUGCUGCCGAGUCAGCUCAGCGCGUUGCUGCCGCCAACCAUGCUGCCGUGCUCGACCUCGCCUCCAUCGACCCGUACGCUCGGGCGCGACAAGACAGCGCUGUUGGCUCGCCAGCCCACUCGACCAAGCGGUCGCCCGAGGCAGCGCGUGGGAGGGUUCCCAAGGGAGACAUCGGGCUGCCUGUCGAGCUGCGCGAGGCGAUAGAGACCAUGAUGAAGGCGACGGACACGAAGGAGGCUAUACACACCCGUACGCAAGAGCUGUGGCACCGGUUGCGACGGACAACGCUCGAACCUCAGCAGGGUCUCGACGUCGAGAAGGUUGCGUACGAUGCGCACACUUCGCUCGCCUACUUGCUCGGCAUCAUGCCGAACGUCUAUCUCGCCAGCGUGACCGUACUCGAGACGCUCAAGCGGCGGCUGGAGCUGCUCGCGACCGAGCACGACGACAAGAUCGGCGAGGCCUGGCAGCCUGACCGCCUCGUCGACUAUGGCAGCGGGACAGGCAGCGCGGCUUGGGCCUUCGAGCAGGUGUGGGGGGUGCAGACGCCGUCGGGGACGCCGCGGGAAUACGUCGGGUUCGACUCGGCGCGGGCCAUGGUCGAGCUUUCGAGCGGACUCUUCGGCGCCCUGCCGCGACGCUAUACGGAUGCAGGCGAGGCGACCAGCGAAUUUACAUCGGGCCGCCUCCAGGCGAUCUCGCACCAGGUCCAGUUGCCUGUCGGCGAGACCUCGCUGGCCAAGAUGAACGUCAGCCGCAAGUCGUACGAGACGAAGAAAACGAUCGCUCUCGCCGCCUUCUCGCUCGGCGACAUGCCCAGUCGGACAGCUCGCAGGACCCUCGUCAAGACGAUGUGGGAUUCUGGAGCGGAGGUCAUCGUCGUGAUCGACCGCGGGACGCCUCGCGGCAGCAAGCUCGUCGCAGAUGCGCGGGAGGAGCUGCUCUCGUACGGCCGCAAGGAGGUCAACGCAGCGCGAGGCGUAGACACGGAGCAGGAGGCGGAGUUUGACGAGGUCGCGCUGGAGCUGCGAGAGGCGGGCAUCGACAUUGCGCCCGAUGCACUUGCCGAGCUUUCUGAGGCAGAGGAGCCGGCCGAGGUGGAUCCUUCGCUAGGGUCGUACGUGCUGGCACCGUGCCCUCACGACAGCGUCUGUCCCGCAGUCGGCCCGUCGAAAGGCUACUGUCACUUCUCGCGUCGGCUGCAAAUGCCGUCGUUCCUCCAGGCGGUCAAGGAGACGAAUCGGGGCGAGAACAACGUCAAGUUCUCCUACGUGAUCAUCCGCCGCGGUCAGCGUCCUGCGUCAGCCGAGCCCCAGCUGUCAGCGUUUGCCGAGAUGCUCGCUUCUCUCGACAAGGCGGAGAAGGAGGGCAAGUCGGAGACGACAGACGCCUCGUCUCCAACCUCAACUUCCGGCACAACCGUCGUUUCGAGCAGUGCGAACGCUGCGGCGGUCGACCCGGCUGUCGAGCUCACGUUCCCGCGCAUCAUCGCGCCGCCUAUGAAGGGUUCCGGUCACGUUACCCUCGAUGUCUGCUCUCCUAGCGGCGAGCUCGAGCGCCACGUCGUCAGCAAGCGUCAGGGCCGUCAGAUUUACUACGACGCGCGCAAGUCGAGCUGGGGCGACGCUUUCCCUCACACCGGUUCGCAGGGUGCCGAGCCGUCGCCAUACGCGCGCGAGGUGCCCGAGGAGAACUUGCCGAACCAGCUGGGCGACAAAUUUGCGAGCAGCUCGAAGAGGCGCGUCAAGAAGGCUCAGCGACAGGCGGGCAAGGUCGCAGCGAUCGAUUUCCGCUACGAGGACAGGAUCGAGGCGAGGGAGGAGCGUGCAGGCAAGCGGAUGCAGAAGAAGCUGCAGCGCGAGGCGCGCGAGGCUGAGGAGGCGAGCGAGAAGAUGUGGCGCGAGGAGGAGGAGAAGUUCCUGGCGCAGGCGACGAAGCGGCGCGGGAAGAAGAACAAGGCGUUCGACGAGGAGCAGGACUAUGGUAUCGUCGAGUACGAGUUGAACGAGGAGGGCGAGCUGGUGCAGAAGCGGUAG